GCUGGAGGUGAGGAGAGGAGGUGGUGGUUGUUGUUGUUGAUGUGUCCCUUGGCGGAUGCGAAUCAUGGAGUGAAGGUUUCCUGAUUAAAACCCGUGAGAGAUCGUCGAGUCGAGCGCGGAGCCGGCGGCAUGUUUAAGGGCUGGGGCUCGUGGCUGGGCGCGGAGUCCGAGAACGAGGAGAAGACGGAAAAACACGACAUAAACGUCAACGAGGAGACCGAGGGACCGCAGCCCGUCCUGCAGCAGGCCAAAGGACUCAGCGGCUUCAUCCUGGACUUUGCGAGCAGCGCGAGUAAGAAGAUCUCCGAGUCUGUGGUGGAGACGGCUCAAACGAUCAAGAAGACGGUGGAGGAGAGCAACAUCGACGGCAUCAUCGACAAGACCAUUUUGGGUGAUUUCCAGAAGGAGCAGGAAAAAUUCGUCCAGGAGAAGAAUGCGAGGAAAACAGACGCCGCGGUGCCGCCCUGGGUCGGGUACAACGAGGAGGAAACCAUUCAGCAGCAGAUCCUCGCUUUAUCAGCCGACAAGAGGAACUUCCUGCGCGAUCCCCCGGCCGGAGUCCAGUUCCAGUUUGACUUCGAUCAGAUGUACCCCGUGGCUCUGGUGAUGUUACAGGAAGACGAGCUGCUCAACAGGAUGCGCUUCGACCUCGUCCCCAAACAGGUGAAGGAGGACGUGUUCUGGAGGAAUUAUUUCUACCGCGUGUCUCUGAUCAAGCAGUCGGCUCAGCUCACGGCUCUCGCCGCUCAACAGCAGGCGCAAGAGAAGAGAGAAGAGGAGAAGAACGCCGCGCCGCCGCUGAACGACAGCAUCUCAGAAAGCAUCAGACCGAAGACGCCGCCUGUGGCCAUCAGCGCUAAAGCUAAGAGCAACGAGGAAGACGAGGACAUCUCCACCAGCCCCGGCGUGUCCGAGUUCGUGAGCGACGCGUUUGACGCCUGCGACAUAAACCAGGAGGAUCUGAGGAAAGAGAUGGAGCAGCUGGUGCUGGACAAGAAAGACGAAGAGACGGCUGACUGGGAGAAGGAGCUGCAGCAGGAGCUCCAGGAGUACGAGGUGGUCGUCGACCCAGAAAACCGCGACGAUAACUGGGACCGCGAGAUCGAGGAGAUGCUGCAGGACGACAGCUAAAGAGCGCCGGCGCCCCCUCUGGUGCGGAGGACGCGCACACCUUCCUGCUCCGGCGGUCUGACCGGACUGAAAUAUCAGGAGUAUCUUUAAGAAUGUUUGAUAAAUGCGAUGUUUAGUGGUAGAGGGACUCGGUGUGGUGAUUAGUUUGCUGAUCCUUCUUUCACUUCCGACUAAUAUCCGUCACGAAGACCUUCUUCGAGAGCCAAGCAAAACUCGAACCUCUGAAUGGCUGUGGCAGAAGCACACAUAUCGAGCCCCUUUUAACGGCUUCUCAUUCCUUUUACUUGUUUUUGAUUCGACGUCUGUCCUCUGAUCAUCACGAAGCUGAAUUCCGCAGUCCUUCGCUCAUACUGUAUAUCCGUGUGUUCGCUAGGGGAGAGGUUUAAUGUAACUCUGUGUUCGUUUGUUUGCACCGUGUCUUUUCACUUUGAAGAGGAGUAACCGUGAUUUCGCCGCUGUCAAUAAAAUCUAAAAUUCCA